AUGCCCCCGCCCACUCGGGAUACUCUAGUUAGCUGCAACAACAAAUACUUCAGCAGUGAUAAGGUGACGGCGGUGAAGGCCGGCUACUGCUGGAAGUACAGCAACCACAGGUUUACAAUGAAGAGCGCCGCCGAUACAUGCCGCAAGCUCCAUGCUCGACUUCCGGCCAUCAACACCGUAGCCAAGACAAGGGCCAUUACGAAAUUCAUAUCAGCCUCCAGGAAGGCCGAUCCGAAAGGUGAAAUAUUUGGGCACGAGUUCUGGGUAUCUCCGGUCAAGAAUUCUAGAUGGAAAUAUACACAAGCGAAGGUAUCUUACAAAGGCUCCACUGAGAAGGGCUCCCUCGAAAGAGGUUUGAUGUGUGUACUGUUCAACUACAGGACAGGCAAGUGGCGGUAUUCGGAUUGCUCCGGACACCAUCCAACUGUCUGUGAAGAAGCCCACAAGUACCCGAAUGAAAACCCAAAAGCUUCAACUGCGCCCAAGACACCCAAAACCAAUAGGCGACGAAAAAUGCCGCCCAGUACCAAUAAGCGACAAACAGUGAAGCCCAAUACGAAUAGGCGACAAACUUUGACGCCCAUUACCAAUAGGCGACGAACAAUGCCGUCGAUGACCAAAACGCGACGAACAAUGCCACCAAAGUCAGGGGGUUCAGCUACGCCCAAGCUGCACAAUACCACUAGGGGACGAACAAUGCCGACCAGUACCUCAACAACAAUGCCAUCAAAGAGAAUAACAGCUGCACUGCGCCAACAACAACAACAGAACGUCACGCAUGCUACGCCCAAGCCGCCCAGCAAGAAUAGGCGACGAACAAAGCCGAUUUCUUCGCUCGCUUCCUGGAUGUCAUGGAAUAGAAAAACAGCGGCAUCACGGCAACAACGACAACGACAGAAAUCCGUCCGACGUGAGCAUUGCCAGACUGGAUUCUAUCUUCACAAGCAUCUAUGCUUUAUGCUGGUUAAAGCCCACGGUACUGUACAGGCGGAGUUCUUGUGCCACAAACAUCGCGCAGUCCUCGCCUCCUUCACGACAAGGGCGCAUGCGAUGUCCAUCCAGAGCUUUGUGCAACGUUUGACGCCGGAAUAUCGUGGAGACCGUGGUGUGCUUAUGGCCCCGGUUAAGAGGACCAGAAACAGCGUGGUCUGGCUGCUCUCGAACAAGUAUGCAGAAGCCGCCCUUAAGCACAACGGGGUCGACCUCAACAGCUUGCACAAGGUUGACGCCAUAUAUGCUCCCUACAAGGGAGGUCUACAUGUAUGCCGGAGGAACUCCUGUCCCCGCCGCGGCCUGUGCAUGGCGAAGCCGACCCUCACUCACGGUGAACUGUAUGGCAGCAAAAGCAACGACGAUUACAUCAAUUUAGUUUAAACAUAGGCAUUGGCACUAAAUAGUAUAUGUACUCAGUUGACAACUACGAUGACUUUUCCACAUUGUGUUCACUUAAAUUAACUGAGUCACUGGAAUUUUAAUUGCUUGGAUAUUGACUCAAGACAUUUUGCCAU